AGGGGACGGUGACGGGGCGGGCAUUUCCUUAAUUGCCCCUCUUUCCACCUGACGGCGGAUUUCAUCGCAUCUUCCUUCGCUAUCACCUUCUGCAAAGACGGUACUGUACAGAGAGCUGCUCGCCAUGUCGACGCCCUCGGCGACCUCAGGCUCUUCGAUCACUCCAGCUGAGCUCUUGAGCACACUGCCACCAUCUCCGGACAAGCCCACCAGUGCAUUGGUCGACUUGACGGAUGAGAUCGAGAACGAAAAGCAGAAGUCGGCUCACCCUUACGCGACCACGACUGACUGCGGCAGCCACGGAAGGGCGGAUACUUCUCGUGAAGAGCAUCCCUCGGCAGGCACUUGCGACCUCGCAAAGCGACUGAAGAACGUCGAGGCAAAGCUGGGCCACAUUGCCGAGGCACAGGCAGCAGCCGUGACGGCGGCUAUCCAGGCGCAGGAGGAAGCAAAGGAAGCUCAGACGCUGGCGGGCAAGGCCCAAGAUAGGGCCCAGGCCAGCGAGAUGCAGGUGGGAAAGAUUGAGGGCAAGACGGUGCCGAUGCGCGCAGUCGAGGACAAGAUCAAGCGGGCCGUCGAGGAGAUGCUCAAUGCGCAGCAGGACUCGCUCCUUGCAAUCAAGCUCCAGGUGGCCGAGCUCAAGGGCAUGGUCAUGGCAACUCUGCAGACUCGCAGCCCCACUACCAUGGCAGAAAUCCCACACCACGCCGAGGAAGAAGACGCCCAUCCAUACGUCAGAUCGGCGACGCCUCCAGACCAUGCAAAAGAGAUCCAUGAUGAAAAGCCUGAAUCAGCAAGAGGUGAGCAUCCUCAAUGCAACCACAAGCGAAAGGAAGCUCCACGUCUCGAAGCUCCGGGAACGAAGGUCCUAGUGGAAACGCCCAAGAAGCGUAUAAAGCAUGCAAAGGGUUCAGGUAAGGAGCCGUCGACGCCAAGCUCGUCUGGAAAGUGCACCGACUCGGACAGCAUCAAGCCUACAUCUUCGUCGCCCAGCAUCUUGCAACUGCUCAAAGCAAGCCAAACGUCCACAUUCAAGGAAUCGAGUUCGGUUGCCGGGACGAGGAAGACCGACGAAUCUUCCUACCAUGAGGACGCUCGUUCGUCAGAGGAAAUGGAGAUGCUUUCACCCUCGGCCUUCUUCGGGCUCGUCGACUUUCUGCGAAAAGACCGAAGAUGGGUGAACGACGCCGUGCUUCGUCAGUACAUUCCACGAACCAAAGGCAAGAGCAACGUGGCGAUUGAGGCCCUCGUUGACAUCUGUACGCAGCACAUAUGCAUCUGUGAGACAGUCAAGCUCGACACGUGGGGGAAGCCAGUCAAGGCUUACAGCCUGACGAAUGUGGACGAGCCAUUCUGGGAGGAAGCAGUCAAUGCUGAGUACUUUGAUCACGUACGCAUGCUGAAAGGGAAGACGCCGGCGCCAUGAUAGCAAUGCUGGCCGCCUGACAUGCGACCCAGGCUUUUUGUAUUCCAGCACCAUAUUCUUACCGAACGUUGCCGACUCUUCUCAGCUCUCACCCUCACCUCAGUUUCUCUAUCUGUUCACCCUUCGGUCCUGCUAGCGUCGUCAUAGCCAACAGCGCAGACCGACCCUCC